AUAUCGCCACAGUUUGGGUCUUUAUUUGAUACCACGACCUCAUUGUUUUCUAAUAAAGGAGAUACUGCGUUUUAUUCACAAACAUUUGCUGGUUAUUCUUAGUCGAAAAAAUGUAUUUACAGCUUCAAUCCAAAAGCAGAUUCCUCGACCUUCAUUUAACCAGCGGUUUACAUGACUGGGACAUGAACGAGGAAAUCAAGUUGACGACGACGACUGAUCAGUUUUACCACGAUGAUAAGCGGACUGACCAGUAUCUGGCUCAAUGGCACUACGCGAGAAUCUCCAGAAGAUCUUUACCAGCAGCAGCAGCGGCACACAGGAGCUACCAGCUGCCCCUCAGCAGCAGAGAGCCUGAAAUACAACCUAAUCUGUGGCUGAUGGUGAAUCCCAGUUUAGCCUGCCCCAUAAAGUACCCUAGUAAUUACCCUAAAACCCCAACACCCCCAAAACCGUCACCGCAGUCAGCGUUGCCAAGAACGGCCACACCUGUUCAGGAACACCGUUUGCGCCCAGCGAUACUGCCUGAUGAGACCUGCCUGAAUGAGUCAAUGCACGACACCUCCCUCUCCAGCGAGUAUCAGCUCACAGAUGAAGAUGACGCUUCCUCUGUAGAUGUGCCUGUUUGUCGUAAGGUGAAGGGUGCACGGAAGGGGAGGACACCCAAAGCGACCACUCGCAAACUGGGUCUGACGCAGAACAGGAGGCUUCAGAGAGCCCUGCAGGACAGUAUCAACCUGAAGAGCGGCGGGUGGCCUCGGCCUCCUGUUAACUACUGCAUCCUCAUCGCCAUGGCCCUCAGCAGCAGUCGUAAUGGCAGUCUCAACGUACAGCAGAUCUAUAACUUUACCAGAGAGCACUUCCCUUUUUUCCUAACAGCUCCAGAUGGGUGGAAAAACACUAUCCGCCAUAAUCUGUGUUUCAGCAACAGUUUUAAAAAGACCCCACAGCAGGUAUCUGGAGAUGGCAAGAGGAAGUCGUGUCUGUGGCACCUCACCAUGGAUGGCCGACAGAGACUGAGAGAUGAGAUUAAUACACUCACGGGAGACUCCUUCAGAAUGCUGAAGAGGAGCAUGAACUAUCCAGAUAUGAUUCAAGCGCUGUUAGAGCUGUAAUUCAACUUUGACUCCUAACAAAUGACAUCAUCAAGCUGGAGAACCGGACCUGCUGUGCCUGAAUUAAUUUUUUUUUGUUUGUUUAUGAACUUGUGAAUGUUUGCACUUUUCUUGUUAUUACUAUUAUUAUUGUGUACCUUUUCUUUGUGUCUGUUUUUUUUUUUUUUUUUUUUUUCUUUCUUCAUUGUCACAUUGUGCCUUAUAAAAUAAACAAAUGCAUUUA